UAGUCAAAUGAUCACAUGUUAACAGACACUUUUGGUGCUCUUGACUGUAGAUUUCAAAGAGUACAACUCCGCUGUACAUUUCAGAGUAGUCUACUGUCAAAACAGGGUCUAUACUCUUCUGAACAAACAUUUUGUUCAAUUCCGAAGAAACACUGAGGAGGGAAGUCUUUCGUCUACACUGUCUGCAUGUCCUUGCUUCACUGAAGUGUCAGACUCUUCUCUGUGGCUCUGUAGGGGAGAGAUGGAAGAGGCCUUUGAUCUUCCUGCUGAUGAGGCUGUGCCGGGUGAUAAGAGAAAGAUCAUUCAACCCACGUGCCUGAAUGACCCCAAACUGAACAACCUCAAAGAGGUGCUGUUAGAUUGGAUUAAUGCCACUCUGAAGGCGGAACACAUCGUGGUGAAGAGCCUAGAGGAGGACCUCUUUGAUGGGCUGGUGUUGCAUCAUCUCUUAGGCACUUUGGCCAGUGAGUUUUUGCCAGUGGAGGAGAUUGCCGUGACGACAGUGGCUCAGAUCCGGAAAUUGGGGGUCAUUCUGGUGGCCCUGAACAGCAAGCUGGGUGUCAGUGACGAGACUGCAAAAUGGAGUGUUGCGCUCAUCCACAGCAAGGACCUACUGGCCACUCUUCAUCUGCUGGUUUCCAUGGUGAAGUGCUUCCAGCCUGACAUGGCGCUGCCCCCAAAUGUCAGUGUGGAAGUCAUCAGCGUUGAGGUCAACAGAGCUGGAAUCAAAUCAGAUAAACUCUUUGAGCACAUCACAGAGGGUCAGAGUGGUUCAGAUAAAGAUUCAGUGGGAGGAAAAGAUUCUGAAAAGGAAGACCUCAUUGAUCAGCUCAUGCUGCUUGAACCACAUAAGAUCUCUGCGUUCAAACAGGCAAUCCUCCACUUUGUUAACAAGAAUAUGUUACCCCUGGGUCUGCAAGUAACGGAGAUGGAGAAACAGUUUGCAGAUGGUGUCAUCUUGCUUCUGCUGAUUGGACAGCUGGAGGGGUUUUUCCUCCCCCUGUCUGAGUUCACCCUCAGUCCAUCAUGUGACCCUGAAAUGCUGCACAAUGUCACCCUGGCCUUGGAAAUGCUCAGUGACAGAGAUAUAGAAGUGGAUGAUGUUGAUCCCCAAGACAUCGUCUCCCAUGAUGUCAAGGCAACAUUGAGGGUCCUUUAUGCCCUGUUCAAGAAGCACAAGAGCAAAUGAACUGGAAAGAGGUCAGAGGUCGAAGGUCAGCAGAGGGAACUACCAGGACUCCAUCUUGCAGCUGGAUCACUGACUGUUCAGUCGUGCCAAGUCAAAACAGCAUUACCAAACAUGUGUGGGUGACUUACUUGGAUUAUGUGCUAGUUUUUCCCUUGCUCUUUGUUUCCUCACGCCCAUCUGACACACCAAUCUCUCAUCCUAUCAUCAUUACCGUCAGUCACACACAAGCACAUCCGUAGCAUGGUGUAACCAGUAUGAUUCGAUAAUAAUAACAAGUUUGAGCUCCGUGCAUAACAUCUACUCUGCCCGUGGAGGGAAGAGCGAGGGAGAGCUAGGCGGCUUGUUCAGAGGGGGCUCUGUCACUCACUCUGACAUUAACAAGACAGCAGGCGGCCUCAGCCUGAAUCACACUUUCCUGGAUAACAGUAUUACUGUCCUCGUUGUAACUCAUCUGGAUCAUCCCUCUUCAUUCUCCUAUUUGCUACCUUUGAACCAUUGCGAGUGCCUUUGGCAACUGGCUGUAAGAUGUGUGCCACACAAUAUGUUUUCCCUUUGUCCUUCCAUGUGUCCAUAUAGAGGAUGGAGCACAGUUGUAACAGCCUUUGAUGGCUUUGAAAAGCCCAGAGCUUUGCUGAGUGGAACUGAUAAGUGGAAAGGUCACGAUGAAAUAAAUGUGCUUGACCUUCUGUGGUUUUUGCAUCUCUACCACAACCACUUAUUUUUUUCAGAAUGGAAUUCACUUUCAACAGUUCUAAAGGCUGUGGGGUGUUUAAGGAUCUUGGUUUCCCCCUUUGAAAACGUGUAUAGCCACUUGUCUUAUUUGUAAUUUGUAAACCUUUAUGGUCUGUACUUCUUACUGUGUGGUGAUUUGUCUGUACGUAGGGUAUUUAAGUAAAUUACAUUUGGCUGAUUCAACACAUAACCAGUACGAGCAAAAUACCAAGAUAUUAAAAGUCAGCUAAAUAAAAAAUACCAGAAACAGUGUGUGUGUUUAUGAUACUCAUUCCUAAAAUAUUACACAACGUACUGCUUUAUCCUGGGGUUUAACCUGGUUUUCAAACAUGAAAUAGAGUUUCAAAUACAGUCUUUUUUCAAAUGAA